AGAAACUUUUGCAUCAGUCAUUGUUUUACAGAAAUGGAGCAACAGCAAUACCCCCCAGUGAUGGUUCAGCCAACCAAUUUCCAGUCCUCCAAUACCACUGUUGUUGUAAAUCAGCCCGCACCCAUCUUGUAUCAGCAGGGAAUGCGAGACUGGAGCUCCGGUUUGUUGGGAUGCUGUGAGGACUGCUACUCUCUUUGUAUGGGGUGGUUUUGCCCCUGUAUUCUACUCUGUGAUGUGUCCCAGAGAAUGGGUGAAGGUUGCUGCUUUGCGACUUGUUGUCCUGGAGCUUUGUUGGGGCUGAGGAUCAAACUCAGGACACAGCAGAACAUUCAGGGCUCCCUGUGCAAUGAUUAUUGCUUGGUUCAAUGUUGUGGAAUAUGUGUGCUGUGUCAGCUGUCACGUGAGCUGAACCAUAUGGGACUGAGGCAGUGAUUUUAUGACUGAACUCGGUGGAGAUAUACUCAGAGUAUAGGAGCGUUGUAGAAACAGUAUAGUUAAUAUUCUUUUUAAGCCUGAAAGUUAUCUUUACAGUGUGAAGAUAAAGUAGUUACUAAAGUUUUUAGGAGAAACGUUGCACGAACUGCAUUUAAUCUUCCAGACUGAAAAAUGUUAGAUUUUUUAUGUAGAAGGAUGGAAACUGUCGUUAAAACGCGAUAAUCGAAUGAAAUAAAGCUUAAAUUUAUUUGACUAGAUAAUAUAAGGCAGAAGCCAUGACAGCAUAAAGAAAUUAAGCAUCUGUCUAGAACUUUUAGUUACAUUAGUUUGUAAAUCGUUUGUAAAAAUAAAACACAGGGUAACACCGAUUUAAGUUA